CUCCUGUCAGUUCCGGAAAUCGAGAUCAUGCUGUAUUGCCAGGCAAUGUGCCUAAUCCUGCCCAGCAUCGGCUGCAUUUCACGGAGCCAUUUGAUCAUGCCAAGCGAAGGGAUCGAUUGAGGCUUUUCGAAUGGAGUCAGAGUGGGAUGUCUUCCAAUAUUCGAUCGGAAUAUGCCUGGCCCGAAAACGCUGCUCAUCACGCUGCUACUCCUGCAUGUGUUCCCCCGCCUGGAGAGUUUCCACUACCGAUCCGCCCAACCGAAUGCUAAGCACUGCCUGUCCAGCUUGUACGGGGAUGCCAGCGCGGAUGGAGUUGGCAACGGGGGAGAUUCUGCCGGGUGCAAAGAGGCGGCCAAGCAGAAGACUUGCCCCCUGGCUCGCGGUGAUCCCAAGGCCAAGGCCUCGAGCAUUGCCCAGAAGGCCGCCCAGGAGGCGAAGGCCGCCAGCGAUUCCCAGAUGGCGGCUGCCGAAGCGGCUGCCUCGCAGGUCAAGUCCGAACUGGCCGCCAAGGCGGCCCAAUCCGCUCGGGCGGCGGAAGCAGCUCUGGCCGGCAAGCAGCAGAUCAUGGAGCAGCUGCAGCAGGAGAUGACCGAGGCGGAUGCGGUGGUCAGCGAGGUGACCUCAUCGCUGCAGAAUACCCAGGCGAAUGCCAAUGCCGCCGCUGCCGCCGCGCACGAGGCCCAAAAUCAGCUAUCGAUGCUAAAGAAUCUCGUCAUGGCGGCCACCGCCAACUUGGCGAAUAUCGAGAACGUGGCCAGUGGCGCUCAGCAGGAGCUGGCCGAGAAGACCCAGCUCCUGGAGGCCGCCAAGCAUCGGGUGGACAAUCUCGGCCGCCAGAUGUCCGAUGCCAAAUCGGACUUCGAGAACACCAAGCAGGCGGCCUACAAGGCAGCCUGUGCCGCCGUGGAGGCCAAGCAGAAGGCCCAAAGGGCGCGGCGGAUGACCCACCACCAGCAGAUGCGCUGGUCGCCUAGGAAGUUGGCCCCCAAGUUCGUCAGCGGGACAGCUAAAGAAUAGCACCGAACUGGAUUAUUCGAUAUUUAUAUAUUUUGUUAUACGGUUCACUUUCGGUUUUAUAUUUUGCUUGAUAUUAAAGGUUUUAGUUUUUAGGAA